GUCCGAUCCAGGUUUGUGUGAUGUAUAGGUCUGCGCUUUUGUAAGUCUACCGUAAUUAAGCCGUAAUGAGAAUUUCUUUGUCGAAACUUUGAUGUGUCUACUAAUGUAUUAACAAAUUAAGUACACUCCUCCUAUUAGAUCACUUGAUCAUCAAUAUUUUACUGCGUAUUUUUGAUUUUUCGAUCCAGAUAGAGAAUGGUCGACGUCCAUAAUGCUCACAAUAUGCUGCUGAAGGAUGUGCUGGUGGCGGUUUCGUGAGGUUGCGCGUGUGCUUCCCUGUCUCCGCAUGAGAGUUUGUCGAUUUCCGAACUCUACCAACUGAGCUCUGCUCUCCUGUUUCUUUCCAAAGAGCGCCCGACUUUUGUUAAGUACAGAAACGCUAAGCUAACGAGCUCGCGAUUCAAACGCCUAUAAUCCUGAGCUUUCACUCCAGAGUGGCGACUCAAAAUGGCAGCGGCAAGCAAUCCGCGUCUUGCGGAGUUCGGUAAAAAGCUGGGGGAGCUGAACACCAAGAGCUCUUCCAAGAUUCGUGAGCUCACUUAUGAUUGUCAACGUGAUGUGUUACAUAUAUAUGAUAAUGCUAGUAUAUGUUGAAGAUAGAAGAUUCCUCAAUUGAGUGCUACGUACUCCCAGCGGUUGACGUUUUUACACUAGUUUCGGCAUAGAUCUAAGGAGUCUAGGAAAGAUGUCCUUCAAUGUCGUGGUCUAUACUUGUAUCUUUUUCCUGCUCUAUCCUCCCUCCUGCUUGUGGCCCUUCUCCUUUCAUGCCACGGAGCUUGCGAUCCGCUACCAGAAUGAAGCUUUGGAUAUGUCCAUCGUGUGGGAGGAGGAGGUUAAAAAUGCGGCAACCGCGCGAUACCAGCCGCUCUUUUCUCUAGUCGAUAGCGUCCUCAAGAAAGCUUCUGCCGCUUAUAAGCAUCCCUUCGCGCAAAUCUUGAGAGAAAGAUAUCCAGAAUGCGUGCGAAAACUAAGACUGGAAAACGAUGUGGUCAAUCUGGAUUUCUUUCACAAGAUGCUCAACGUGUCCUGGAAAAAACAUCACCUAUUACCGGAAGACUCCUUACAGGAGAUAGACAGACGGAUGGAAGAGUUAAAAGGUAUCACUUCGUUUAGAUAGACGCUUGGAAGAGAUAAAUAGAGGUAUUCAACUUGAAUUAUAGUGUCUUCUUGUGCGUUGCAUUGGCGUAAAUACUCGUCUGUGACCUUCGCUGAAGUCACAUAAGUUUCUCCCAUGUUGUUCUAGAAAUUGUUGAUCUAUUUCUUUAAUCCAAUGUUACUACAAAUCCAAUCUAAUGUUAACUCAGGUACCCCAGUCAUCGCUCCAGAGGCAGCACCUCCAACUGUCGGUGAUGUCGCUACAGGCACUUCAAGUUCGUCCUAUACUCCGGCGCGGCGAAAGAGGAUAAUCCAGAUAAUGCACAAUCUAGUGACCGGAAAUAUAGGACCAGGAGACCGAGAAGAAAUUAUUACGAUUCCUGAAAUUUGUGAGGCGAUUCGGUUGCAAAAAGAGGGCAAAAAGGCAGAAGCGCAGCGGCAACUAGCGAGAUUCAAAGCAAUCCUUGAGCCAGAAACAGCACAACAGCCACCUCAGCAGCAAAGAAGGCCACAAGAAGCGCAAGCAGUCGAAGAACAGCAAGUGGUAUCACGAAUUUGCUAGUUCUUCUUGGUAGAUAGACAGAGAGUGAAAGAUUGUGAACAUUAAUAGUACCACGGCUGUCGCAGAUCUAUUGCUGUUACCCGAGAAAAUUAUCAGGUUCUGUUGUCUGACGACUUGUACUAGAAAUUUUUGAGUUUCACUCUGCAACCAUUUCUCUAAAGGCAAAACGCGGCACAGUGGCUGCAGACACCGAAGGUAGCAAAAGGGCGAAGCUUGCGACAACGACGCAGUUAGAUGCGAAAAACCGCGUGUUUAACAUGGACUGGUGCGCACGGUUCCUAGAAAAGUUGCCUGGGCACAAGAAAAACCAUUACAUCGCAUCGGGCAUCGGACGGCAAAUCCUGGCCUCGGCGCAAGACCAGUACCUAGGCGUAGACGAACUCCAUCCAAACGAGGUGCAAUUAAUCCUCCAGUUCAUUUUCCAAGUAGAGGAGCACGUGAGGGCAGCGGAGGAAGCGAGUCUGGAGAGCUCGGCGGUGCCUUUGCACUUCGACACAAUCAGACACAUGCGAGGAGACAAGCUGCAAGCGCAGUAUCACGAAGACUACCCUUACCAGUGUGGAACGUGUGGGCGGAGGUUCAAUACGCGAGCGACGUUAGCGCUGCACCAUGACACACACUAUAGAAAAAAUCUAGCGAGAAAAAAACCAGUGAUAGAAGAUACUGGUGGAGGCGGGCGUGGAAAAAAGGGAGACAAGGGCGAAAAAGAGGCGCCAGAAGAAAAGAAAUAUAGAGGUACUUUCUGGCUUGUCCUACAUCUUGAUUUCCUAGCACCAUUCUUCUCGUAUCGACAGUUUAGAUUUGGAUUCAAGUAAUGUUCUUGAUAACACACAAGGUCGCCAUGUUGAAAGAGAAUUAACAUACUUUUCUCAACAAUAUUUUUCUCUCAACAUCAUCAUCAUCCACAUCACCUUCAAAGGCUGGGAAUCAACGAUACAAGAAUGGAUGGGCGUUAGGGAUUUGAAGCUCGCGAGCAUAUGGGAAACGAAGGAUGCCAAGCAGGCUGGCGACGACGACGAUGGGGAUGACGACGGCGACAAUGACGUCCUACAAGAUCCGGUGAAUACUCAAGUGGAGACAUCGAAGCGCGGGGACCGCGGAAAGAAGCUAGAAAUGCGGCACAUUGCGCCGUAUUCAGAGGGCCAGCCCUGUUGUCCCGUUUGCGGCGAGCUCUUUACGAAAAUUUUCAUAAACGGAGACUGGUGGCUCACCGGCGUGGUAGUGAAAGACGGAGUCACUGGACAACCGCUGUCCUAUGACGCACAUGUGGGAGGUCGGCGGCUGCACGAAAAUGCCCUGAUUUACCACAAAGGGUGCAUUGAGUAGUUGUGAAGAACGCCAGCGCAGUAGAAUUCGUACACCUACACUUAUCGAAGAUAAUCAUGUUCCCGAUUACUUAGAUUGGAAGCUUCAGAAAAUUACAGCCAGAAUACUCGUCACCUAAAAAUUUUUUCGCUGUAGAUAUGAUUGAUGUUACUGUCACUUUUCCAGAGCAGUGCCGACUUUGACCUCCUAUUGUGAGGACAAACAACAAAUUAGAAGUGUUUCCCCGCGCCCUGUUUACCCCCCCCUCCAUCCCAAGCGCACAUUAAUGACCCGCGCCCCCAUCCGUAGCACGGAAGAGGAACAAUUCUCAAAGUGUGAUCACGAUGCCGCAAGGAGAUCCUUG